AUCAUUUACAAGAGCGGAACUUCAUCUGCAUUAAGUAAUUUUGAACGUGAGAGGAUGAUCUAGGCGCUUCUUCUACAUAGGAAAAACCAGAUGCUUGAGCAACGACUAAACCCGUAACCACUCGCCUUCCAACCACCAUUCAAGUGUGAAGGGAACAUCGUGUAUGUUCUCACUUUACCCUUCGCGAAAAUAAAGCCGCUGGCGACAGACAGAAUUAACCCAGCGAUUUGUAUCCCCAAAGCCGUCCUGUCGGCUAAGACCAAAGACCUGCUCAUCAAUUCACCAACGAUCAUUGUCCUGGCAAGAAAUCUGGUCCACAUUCAAGAGCUCUUCUUGCAUCGCAUACACGAUCCAUGAUCUGAAUCAGUUGAGAGCAUAAUAAUGAAAAGUCCCAGAUCAACUUCCAUUUCUGGACCGCACAUUCAGCGUCAUUAUGCUGAAUCGCCGGGAAUGCGGGGUGCUGAAGUAUUGCCAUGCCAGCUAAUGGUUCUCCACGGUCAUGUAAAGGAUGUUGUGCACCUCCGAGUCCCUGGCGGACAGCGCAUCAUAACCGGUUCAGACGAUGGUACGAUCCGAGUAUGGGACCUAGAGAAUGGCGCAGAGAUAGGUGACAGGUGGCCAGUUGACGAUUAUAGGAUACCAGUGACAAGCUUAGCAUUGUCCCCAAACGGCAUUACUCUUGCAAGUGGGUACAAGAAUGGGUUAGUGAGAUUGUGGGACAUUGGAACGGGGAAGGUCAUCGUCGAAUGGACAGGUCACACUGACAAAGUACGGUCGAUAUGCUGGAGUCCAGAUGGUGAGCAAGUGGCGAGCGGAUCCAACGAUGGGACAGUACGAGUGUGGUAUGGCCAGAGCGGAAAACCCGUGCUUGGUCUCAAUCCAAUGAUGAAUUCGGAAUACAAAGAUGUAUACACAGUGGCAUAUUCACCAGAUGGGACGAGGAUUGCGGCGGGAGGAGAAAAGAAGAACGCAUUAAAUAUUUGGGAUGCCAAGGCGGGCGAGCUACUCUCCACAGUCGAGUUCCAGGAAGAGGGUUCUUUUAUAAUCACCGGUGGCUCGGAGGAAUCUGAUAUUGGUUGUAUCGGUCAACCUGUUUUCAGCUUGGUUUGGUCGUCGGAUGGAAAGAAGCUUAUUUGCGGAUUCCAAUGUGGCUGGAUCAGGGUAUUCGACACCGCCACAGCCACAUGGCAGGAGAUUGCCAUCAUCAAUUUGGGUCGGGCCCAUGUCCGUAAGGUCGCUUUGUUUCGCAACGACCGUCUUCUAGCGAGUGCAGCAUCGUCAGACGUACGCUUGUGGAAUCUCGAUACCAACCUACAAGUUGGUCCACCUCUCCUGCAAGAUAAUUUUCCAGACUGCUUAACCUUCUCGGAUGAUGGAAAGCUAGUCGCAGGCGCUGGCACACAUGUGUCCGUCUGGGACACUCAUGCCAUCGUAAAAGAAGCUGGUUCAGAAGACCUCGUGACCAUUCCAGAUGUGGACGCUACGGGACAUCCAGCUGAGCUCGAGCAGGAGUAUCAGGGGAGGUUUUUUGACGACACUCCAGACGGUGAUUAUUCUUCCGCGCCAGGUUAUCACAAUUCCUCUGCACACCAUCACCGCGGUCCUUUCAGACCAUCUGGUUCACGUUCACGUGUGCUUUUCUCUCGCAUCUCCUCGCUCCUCCGUCGCUCUCAACUCAACACUGAUAAAACAACGGUACUUCAACGACCUCCAAGGCGAAGUAUCUUUUCUCGUCGCGGUCCUCAUGCUGUCGAGAUUGCUACAAUACGUGACAAACAGGCAUUGUAUGUUGCUCCACGGCCACGAGUUAACGACCCAGGGAGGCCACGGCAUGGCUAUUCGCAAAGUCAAGCACAGGCGUCGAUACCACAAACUCCACCUGCUGCUGGCUCGGCGUCCACAACACCUCCUGAUCCUACUACCACCACGACAGGUGCAGCAAGCGCGGCGGCGCAGUCAAGUCCUGUUGUCGUCAUUGACAAACCUCCAUGGUGGGCACGUCUCGUACUUUUUAUCUGCUGUGCAUCUGCACAAUACCCCAAUAGACAAUAGUGGCGCCGAGACCAGCGCCUGCUAUAUAUAAGCAUUUAUAUAGAGCUAGACAGUGUCAGUUGCUGUAUAAUAGACUCGCUUGUCAAAAAAAAUGAUGUC